AUGCUCAGACCGUCGUGCGUCCUUCUGCACAGGAAGGCUGGAAGCGUCUCGCGAUUACUGCGGUCAGGAGUCUCUCAUCCUAAUGGAUCGAGUGUAGUUACUCAUGCAAGCUUGCAGGGCGCGGUCGCUGGGACCAUCGUGAUCGCAGAGGGUUUCUUGAACAGAGACACACGCGAUUCUCUCUCAGCGGGAGAACAGUCCUACCUCCAUGACAGCUUCAUGUACACUGGAGGUGGACUCGCGCUGACGGCAGCCGCUGCUCGUGGUCUCUUCAAGUCAGGCUAUGCUGUCAGAAUUAUGUCGGCUAACCCAUGGCUGGUUCUUGGGGUCAGCUUAGUGGGAAGCAUCGGCUCUAUGAUGGGUGUCUACUACACGCCUCCAGACAAACCGGUGCAGAAGCACCUUGCUUGGCUCGCCUUCAACGCUUUUCAGGCAGCAACUUUGAGCCCCCUAUUUUUCCUCAGUCCUGCAAUCCUUUCACGCGCUGCUCUUUACACAUGCGGUGUUGUCGGAUCUCUAUCCUAUGUCGGGGCUACGGCGACAAAUGACAAGUAUUUGUACAUGGGAGGGCCCCUUCUCGCUGGUGUUACCGUCGUUGCGUUGAGUUCUCUGGCCCCAAUGGCGCUGCCUCUGGGAAUGCGUGGGCUGGCUGUUUCUGAAGCGAUUUCGCUUUACGGUGGACUGGCUGUUUUCGGUGGAUUCGUUCUAUAUGACACACAAAAGAUUCUACAUCACGCGCGAAUGGCCGAGACUGGUGUUAUUCCUCGUGAUCCUAUGAAGGAAUCCAUCUCUCUUGAACUGGAUAUGAUCAAUAUUUUCAUUCGUCUCGUUCAGAUUUUGGCCAUGCGCUCGAAUAACAAGAAGUAG